AUGGUUGGAUUGUCCGAUCUAUUUAUGAGAUUAAGAGAUUGGCUUAUUUCCCCACACUCUGAAUUGAUAGUUAUGUCGCUCGAUGGGAUGGCUGGCAUUGGUAAGACUACUAUUGCCAAGAAACUAUUUCAAGAUCCGUUCAUUGCGAGUCAUUAUAGCAGGCUUGUGUUCGUGACAAUAGGCCCUAAAUAUCGAUUAGCGGACAUCUUGGUGGAUAUUCUCACACAAUUGAAUAAUGCUGACAUUGAUGAAAUAAUAUGGCUUACGAAAGGAGAAGAAUUAUUACAUGAGCUGAAAUGGAAGGUGUGCGAAAGUUUAAGUGAAUUGAGAUACUUGAUCGUGUUGGAUGAUGUAUGGUACACGGAUCUCUGUUAUGAGUUCGCCAACGUAUUUCCAGACGACAAAAAUGGAAGUGUAGCAUUACUGACUACUAGGCUAACAGAAGUAAGUAAAUGUGUCCACCCUUUGAAUUCUCACAGACUACCCUUCCUUGAUAAGAAAGAAAGUUGGGAACUUCUUCGUCACAAGGUGUUUGAUGCAAUGCCUUGCCCUCGUGAACUCGAGAAAUCUGGAAAGAAGAUUGCGGAGAAUUGUGAAGGUCUUCCACUUACAAUAGUUACAGUUGCCCACAUCCUUUCCAAAACUGACAAGACUUCGGUGUACUGGAACCAGGUAGCUAAUGAUAAACAAAAUUCGGUUUACAAGGAUGCAUAUGAUCAAAUGUCCAAUGUACUAUAUCCAAGCUAUGACUAUUUACCUCAACAUUUGAAAGCAUGCUUUCUCUACUUAGGAGCUUUCCCACAAGAUUAUAUGGUGUGGAGGCGCCAACUGAUCGACUUGUGGAGUGCUGAAGGAUUUCUUAACCGAAAAUCAACCAUGACUUCAACUGAUUAUACGUUUGCUUAUGUAGGAGCGCUUCUUUCAAAUAAUGUUAUCAUCUACAAUGAAGAAAAGUUGCUCAGGGUAUUGGAAGCUCUUUCUAUUAAAUCCUAUGAGUUCCCAAUGGAAGUGUUGAAACUAUUGCAGCUAAGAUACCUCGCCCUCACUUACGAUGGAAACCUCCCUACUUUCAUUUCCAAACUAUUCAACCUUCAGUACUUGAUUGUUCAUCAUCAGUACCGGAUCGUAAAAUCUGUUAGGAAUCCAUAUUAUCUGCCUAUUGAGAUAUGGAAUAUGAAAGAAUUGAAGUCUCUCGAGAUCCGGGGAAGAGACCUACCACAUCCUUGUGAAGGAUCCCUCCUAUCAAACCUCACAACUCUAACUGGUGUCGGUCCUCAAAGUUGUACCAACGAUGUGCUUGAAAAAAUCCCUAAUCUGAAGGAGUUAACAAUCCAAAUCGAACUAGUUCCUGAUGCUUCUGAGCCCUUCAGUUGCUUUGAUCACAUUUACAAUAUGCAUCAACUACAAGAAUUAGAAUGUGAAAUUACAAAUCCUAUUUUCAAGGCUGAGGUUGUUACCCGAUUUGGUCCUCUUUCAGACUUGCCAUCAAGUCUUACAAAGUUAACCUUGAGCGUCUUAGGAUAUCCGUGGGAAGAAAUGAGAAAGAUUUCUUCAUUGCCAAAUCUUACAGACCUG